AUGGUGUUAAAUGGUCACAAACUUCCCUUCAGGCUCACCAGAGCCGACAUUCUUGGCUCAGGGUCUGUGAGCAUUGUAUUUGCUAUUGGAGAACGCAUUGCAUUGAAGGCGCCCAUCAUCUACAAAGCAAACAUCCCCCGUACCGAAGAGCAGAUCGAGCAGUCCGCAGAAUCUGUCGCCUCCAUCACGCGUGAGAAGUGUAUCUAUGAUCUCCUUAAUGACCACCCCCAUCCAAACAUCCUCCAAACCAUUUUCCACUGCCCAGAUGGGAUUUUCAUGCCCCGUAUGCUCUGCAGCGUCUUUCACUGGAUGGGGAAUGAUCCCAACUCCAUCCCUGCAUCCCUGCGUCUUCGCUGGGUCAAAGAACUCGCCAGCGCAGCUGAGCACUUGGAAACCCAUGGGCUGGUGCAUGGAGACAUCCGCCCCGCCAACACCCUCCUGGACAAGAACAUGCACAUCAAGCUAGCCGACUUUGACAGCUGCGUUGGCAUCGGCGACGCCUGUCUCGCCUUCACCGUGCCGUACCACGACGCGUUUGAAGAAACGGCCGGCUACGCCACGGAGCAAUUCGCAAUCGGCUCGUUCAUGUACACCGUGUUCACCGGCGUUGAGCCGGAGUUUGAGAUCACGGGUAGGAAGCUGCGGGAUGAGAAGUUGCCGGAUACCAGCAGCAUUCUUGGUGGGGAUAUCAUUGCCAGCUGCUGGAGGAAGGAGUAUGUAUCCGUCGCGGCAUUGGCCGGGGAGAUUGGGGAGUUGGAGCUCGAUGAUGACGGAGAUACCGAUGGGUAUGAGAUGUGGUUUGUGGCUGGGUCGAACAGUCCUCGUUCCGUGGCAAGCGUCAAUGACCAGCCUGAUGCGGAGGUGCUUGGUGAGGAUAGGAUUGAGGAGCUGCGUGUCGUUUGCAAGGGUUUGUGCAAUUGCUUAAAUGGAAAUUGA